AUGGCAACGUUUCCAAUCCCCAACCAACUCUUUAUCAAUGGAGAGUUUACCGACUCGAUCUCCUCGGAGCGCUUUUCUGUCUAUAACCCGGCCGACGACUCCUUGGUCACCGACCAGCUCCAGUCUGCGGUAGAGGGCGAUGUCAACCGCGCAGUAAAGGCUGCUCAAGUGGCGUUUCGUAGCGCUGAAUGGAACAUUCCUGCCAAGGAGCGCGGUCGUAUCCUUCACAGUAUCGCUCAAGUUCUUCGAGAUAACAAAGACGAGCUCGCUUGGUUAGAUCGCAUCGCUAUGGGGAAACCAGUGGUCUACGGUGUAGCGGAAGUUGUGAUGGCAGCUGACUUGUUUGAAUACUAUGCUGGUUGGACUGACAAGCAUGCCGGGGAGACAUUCCCGGCCGACGACGGCUUUCUCAAGAUCGUCCAGCACGAGCCUCUAGGCGUCUGCGCAGGUAUUCUUCCGUGGAACGGCCCUAUAGGUCUUCUGGCGUUCAAAGCUGCCCCAGCACUUGCAACUGGCAAUGUCAUGAUCCUGAAGCCUAGCGAGAAAAGCCCGUUUGCUGCGCUGCGUUUCGCUUCACUUGUCUCCACUAUUCUUCCACCUGGAGUCCUUCAGGUUCUUACAGGUGGGGGUGCCACCGGUGAUCUCCUAGCUAGACACUCUCACAUCCGGAAGAUCAGUUUCACUGGAUCAGGCCCGACAGGGAGAAAAAUCCAACGCGCAGCAGCAGAGAGCAACCUUAAGCGCGUCACUCUUGAAUUGGGUGGGAAGUCUCCUGCCGGGGUGUUUGAGGACUGCAACCUUGCAAAUGCCAUCCAGUGGGCCACAAAUGCUAUUACUCACAACACCGGGCAGAUAUGUAUUGCUGCAAGUCGACUGUAUUUGCAGGAGAGCAUUGCAGAGGAAUUCAUCAAGGGAUUCGUGGAGAGUAUGAAAGUUGCUGCAGAGAGUAUUGGCGAUCCAGAAAACGUGGAAACCAAGGUUGGUCCGCUGGCCGAUAAGGCACAGCUGGCCCGCGUGGAGUCAUUUUUCAUAGACAACGAAACACAGAUCCUGACAGGUGGUAAGAGACUGGGUGAUAAGGGAUGCUUCUUCCAGCCAACAGUGUUGUAUAACCCCGACCCCCAGGCCAAUGUGUAUAAAAACGAGAUCUUCGGGCCAGCAGUCUGUGUGCGCACCUUCAAAACCGAAGAAGAGUUCGUGGAGAUGGCGAAUGAUACCGAGUAUGGCCUGGCAGCAGCGGUUUUCACUAAGGAUAUCUCCCGUGCGAUGAGAGUCAGUGCCCUGUUGGAGAGUGGCACAGUGGGGAUUAAUUGUGUCUCAAAAUUGAGCAACGAGGUGCCUUUCGGUGGAUCAAAGCAAUCAGGCAUCGGCCGCGAGUUGGGAAUUCAUGGAUUGAAAUCGUACACCGAGACCAAGACAAUUUUUGUGAAUCUCAACUGCUAA